AUGGAAAAUGUAGCUUUGGAGGAAACUUCCAAACCGCUAACUAAUCGUAAUCCAUCCGGUGAUCAGACGAGUGUGAGCACCCAUAAGUCUUCUUUUGCUGGCACAAGGCAACCCUCGGAAGAUAGUAAGAACAUACGAUUCGUAGAUCAAGGAUAUUUGGAAAAUGGGCGAACAAGAAAAAAUGCCCCACGAUGGAAAAGUGUGGCAAGGCGGCUUUCUAUGCACCCAGAUCUCGCCCGGAUACAAACAGGCCUAGCUCAUAGAAUCGGUAACCGUCACCUCAGCUUGAAAGAGCUCAAGGAACAAUUCGGUAGACAUACAACAUUCCAUGGUAUUAGUCACUGGUUUAUGGCACCAAACAAGCGAUGGAAGCUCUUUUGGCUCAUCGUUUGUGUCGUUUGCAUUCUGGCUUUGGCCCUACAGAUUAUAUUAUUAGCUAUUAAGUAUUUGCAACAUGCGAAAAAUGUGGAUCUCGAUUUGAAAUUUGAAAAUGCACCAUUCCCUUCUGUGACAAUAUGUAACUUGAAUCCGUACAAAAAAAGUGCUAUUAAUAAUAAUCCAGCGACAAAAGCCAUGAUGGAUGCUUAUGCUAAGCGAAUGGCUAAUGGAGACAAGUCCGAAGGUGUGGCGGCAGCAUUAUUAGCACAUUUGAAUUCAAGGGUUCGUCGAUCUCAAAUAAAACCGAGAAAGAGAAAGGAAGAGCGAAGAUAUCACCAAGCAUUUGCUCAAUGUUUAUGUGAUGUUAACCCUCUUACGGCUGAACGGAAAGGAGCAUGCUUUGCAGCCAACAAAGGAAAGAUUUCAGUAGAACUCGGAUACUCAAUUAGUAAUUUACAUCCGACAAAGUGUUUAUGUCAAUUUGAUAGCGUAUCAAAAACCUUAUGGCCAUGUUUCCCAUAUUCAUCUUGGAAGGAGAAACUAUGCUCAGAAUGUGUCGAUGGAUCAGGUCACUGUCCGAUGCGAUUCUACAAAGGCAAUGGGACAUAUGAAAAGAUAAAAGAUCAAGUAGACAUAUGCCUUUGUCACAAAGAUUAUAAUCACUGUGUCUCAACGCGAGAAGAUGGAGUGAUUUUGGAAAUAGAUCCUCAACAAGAACUGUCCUCUUUGAACGUAACAUUGCUUUCAUCCAAGCAAUUGGAGGCUCAGAGGAGAAGACAGGAAAGUCGAAUCACCACAACUACUGAAGCACCUGAACUGGAGGAAGCGUUGGGUUUCGAGAAUAUAACAGAUGAUAUUGCCUUAACUGCUCAAGCUCAACAAAAUCUCAUGUUCGCUGUUGGUUCUAUGACCCAAGAUGAGAAGAAGCAAAUGUCCCAUCAAAUCGAUGAAUUUAUAUUGAAAUGUUCUUUCAACCAAAAAGAUUGUGAUUUGAAAAAAGAUUUUAAACUCCAUUAUGAUAAUACAUAUGGAAAUUGCUAUACCUUCAACCAUGACAGGAAUGCACAAAGAGCUUCUCAACGAGCUGGUGCUAACUACGGUCUACGUGUUCUCCUAUAUGCGGAUGUCGCAGAGUAUUUACCAACUUCAGAAGCAGUAGGAUUCAGGAUUACCGUUCAUGAUAAACAUAUUGUGCCCUUUCCUGAUGCUUUCGGAUACAGUGCGCCUACGGGAUUCAUGUCUUCCUUUGGAGUUCGUAUGAAACAAUUCAUUCGAUUGGAAAAACCUCAUGGGCAAUGUCGCAGGGGAGGCGAGGAACAUCCCACGUUUGUUUAUGAUGGAUUCAAGUAUUCCGUAGAGGCAUGUCAUCGAAGCUGCGCUCAACGGAUGAUUCUUAGCAAAUGUGGAUGUGCUGAUCCAAUGUUCCCUUUACCCCAAGGCACAGCACUUGGCCCGUGUCAAGCCACAGACCCGACGCAAAGAGAAUGCUUGAGAAACACUACUUUGUUGAUAGGAGAGUUGGCAGCACGAGCUCAUGAGCAAGAUGAGAACGACGAGUGUUAUUGUCACCAGCCUUGCGAAGAAACCAAUUAUGAAGUAACUUACUCCGCAGCUAGAUGGCCUUCAGGGGCAGCGAAAGUAAUGGAAUGCACUCCUGGUGAUCAUCUAUGUCUUGAACAAUAUAGGAAGAAUGCGGCUAUGAUACAAAUAUUCUAUGAAGAAUUAAAUUAUGAAACUCUACAAGAAACUCCUUCAUAUACGCUUACAAGUUUGAUGGCAGACGUGGGUGGAGUUACAGGACUCUGGCUCGGUGCCUCUGUUGUCAGUAUUUUAGAAUUUGUGCCACUUAUAUACUUCUGCUGUAGAGCAAAAAGAAGAGAGCGGAAAAACUCUAUAAGCUCCUCGCACAACCCCGCAACAUCAUUGAAGCUCUCCAAGACAUCUUUAAACCAUGGAAGACCUUUAUCUCAUAGAGUAUCAGUUCAGGAUGUUAGAUCACUUAAGUCCCUUAAUUCAACAAAAUCUCGCUCUAAACAAUCCAUUUUAAUAGAGGAAUUGCCUUCUCCCAUUCAAGAACAAACUGAUGAUGAUGAAAGUUCUGAUAGCAAUGAUUCAAGUUGCCGAUAUUUGGCCCCCGGUGAAGAUUUGCCCUGCCUUUGCAAAUAUGACGCAGCAGGACAAAUCACUAUCAUGAAGGCUUUGUGUCCCGUUCAUGGAUAUUUGGUGCGGAGACAGUAUGACUACAGUGUUUCUAACAGUGAGGAAGAAGAAGAAGAAGACCCAGUUCACAAAGAAGAACCGUACUAUGCUGAACCUUUCCAGAGAAAAUCGACCAAGAAAAAACAUAAGUCGAAAUCAAACUCAGCGGAAUUAUUAGAGGGUACUUCUAAAGGCUCAAGUCGUGGAGCAGAAGAUCGUUAA